UCUGGUCAACUUUGGAGGAACAUAAUUCAUAAUGCAAACAAACGAAGAGCACAACCAACCUUGCAUUGAAAACUCAUUUUUACAGUGGAGUCAAUGGCAACUUUUGGAUUCUCUUCUACCUACCGGUGGAUUCGCUCAUUCUUUUGGCCUUGAAGCAGCAGUUCAAUCCCACUUAGUGUCUGAUUCCAAUGAACUCAAGACAUUUCUUAUUCAUAUAUUGGAGAAUACAGGGAGCUUAUUCCUUCCUUUUGUGUACUCGGCUUGCAUGUCACCUAAUCUCGAAACAUGGCAUAAGCUUGACAGAACAUUGGAUGCUACCCUUACUAAUGAAGUGGGCCGAAAGGCAUCAAUCUCGCAAGGAUCCGCAUUAAUGAGGGUAGCUUCAGCUGUGUUUUCUGAGAUUCCCUCCCUCAAAACCAUGAGAGAUGAAUCUCUGAAGUUAGGUACUGUUUCUUUUCAUCAUGCUCCUAUAUUUGGACUAACAUGUGGAGCAUUGGGAUUCGAUAGUACAAGUACUCAGAGAGCUUACAUGUUCAUCACAAUGAGAGAUUUGAUAUCUGCUGCUACAAGGCUGAACUUGAUAGGACCCCUUGGUGCAGCAUUGUUGCAACAUCAAGUUGCUCCUAUUGCCGAAGUUAUAUUAGAAAAAUGGAUGAAUCGUGAAGUUGAGGACGCCUGUCAAACUAUGCCCCUUCUUGAUACUGUGCAAGGUUGCCAUGGUUAUUUAUUUUCAAGACUGUUUUCAUCAUAAAAGGCACAAAUAUUAUUUUGCACAUGAAAUCAUUGCUUUGGAACUUGUAAGGGUUUCUAGCUCUGCAAUGUGUUUUCACGGCGGUGACUUUCUCUAAACAAACAACUUUUAUACUGGGUCAGAUUGGAAAUUGCAUAAAUGCCGAGUGACAGUGAAUUUUGGUUUUGCUGAUUUGUUGGUGGAGCAGAUUGCUGAUUAAUUACAGCAGCGAGUGGUUUUGGUUUUCUUGCAUUGUGUGGUACAGAUUUGCUGUUUUAUUCAGCAGUGAAUGGUGCUUUUUAGAAGUGUCCUAGAUGACUAUUGAAUAUGGUGUUUAUGGGCAAGUGUCUAUUGAGGAAUGCAAGGGUUCAAUGUUGUUUGUGUAGAAUGUGAGAGUGUGUUUUCUUGCUGUCAUCAACUAUGUUUGUUGCUGGGUAUAAUUUUUGUUCUUUUCUGUCUCAGCUGUUUUGAUUAGCAAAUAAUAUAUCCUAUUGAGGUGUGUUAUUCAUGAAUUGUCUCUUGUCUGAUGCAAGUUAACUAACUUUGUAUUAUUAGUGCUUGGUACGCGGUACUUUGAAGAUGGGUAAAGUUAGUAUAUAGUGGUGCUGAA